GGGGGGGGGAGUUGGCGGUUCGCAGCGCGCAGGCAGGGCCCUGUGGGCGGAACUGCGAAGCGCAGCUGUCUACUUCUCACGACGCACGCGCGCCUCCGCUCCGGGACCUCUCUCCGUCACUCCAGGCCAGGGGCGUAGUACUUGUAGUAGAAUAGCCGGCAUCCAGCAGACCCACACAUCGAACAUGCUGUAUUUGGUGAUACCGGCCUUGGUCUUGCUGCUGUUAUUCCUGGUUCCUCACUACUGGCUACAUUUGUCACGGGCUGCUCGUCUAGUUUCUAGUAUUCCAGGACCAAAACCAUUGCCUCUUAUUGGCAAUACUUUGGAGUUUGGACAUGGCACUGUUGAUAUUAUUGCCAACAUGACAAGAUUGUGGAAAGAAUAUGGUCAUGUAUUUAAAAUUUGGUUGGGCCCUCAAUUAUUUAUUGUUGUAGCUGAUGCAAAAUAUAUGGAGCAUUUUUUGAGUUCAAAUACAAAUAUUACUAAAAACAUGACCUAUGGAUUUUUAGAACCAUGGUUAGGAACAGGUCUAUUGACUUCUACAGGGAGCAAGUGGAAACAUCAUAGAAAAAUCAUAACCCCAACAUUCCAUUUCAAAAUUUUGGAACAAUUUGUGGAGGUUUUCAACAAUAGUGGGAAUGUUAUGAUCCAGAAAUUAAAGAAAGAAGUGAAUGGAGGAGAGUUCGAUAUUUAUAACUACAUUACUCUUUGUGCUCUUGAUAGUAUUUGUGAAACUGCAAUGGGAGUAUCAAUGAAUGUGCAAAAUGAUGGGAAUUCAGAAUACGUCUCUGCUUUGCAAGGGUUAGCUGACCUUAUAAUGAAGAGAACUUUUAUUCCCUGGCUUUUCCCAAAGUUUAUUUUUGAUAGGAGUGAACUUGGAAAGCUUCAGAAAGGAUAUUUAAAAAUUCUUCACGAUACUACAAAUAAAGUAAUAGCAGAUAGGAAAAAAGAGUUGGCUGAAAAACAUAAUGAUGAAACAAGUGAAGAAACAUUUGAAAAUGAAAUUGGUCAGAAGAAAAAAUUAGCAUUCUUAGACUUAUUAUUGCAGUACACAAAAGGAGAAGGUAAUUUAACCGAUGAAGAAAUCCGUGAAGAAGUUGAUACUUUUAUGUUUGAGGGUCAUGACACUACUGCUUCAGCAAUGAGUUUUUGUUUAUUAUUACUAUCAAAGAACCCUGAAUGUCAGUUGUGUACUAAGAUGUGCUUCAAUAAUCCUCUAAAACAGGAAAGAGCACAUGCAGAAUUAAAAGAAAUUUUUGGAAACAGUGAUCGUGAAGCUACAAUGAAAGAUCUGCAAGAUAUGAAGUAUUUAGAAUGUGUGAUUAAAGAAUCUCUGAGAAUUUAUCCUAGUGUACCAUUUUUUGCAAGAUUAUUAGAUGAAGAUAUCCAUAUUGAUGGUGUUCAUAUUGUAAAAGGAACAAAUAUAUUAUUAUCACCAGUUUUUCUGCAUCGUAAUCCAAGUUAUUUUCCUGACCCUGAGAAAUUUGACCCUGAUCGGUUUUCUGCAGAAAACAUACAGGGUAGAAAUCCUUAUGUUUAUCUUCCUUUUAGUGCAGGCCCUAGGAACUGCAUAGGUCAAAAAUUUGCAAUGAUGGAAAUGAAAUCAACAAUAAGUAAAGUAUUAAGAAACUUUAAAUUGAGCUCUGGUUCGAAGGAAGUGGUUUUGAGUGCUGAGCUGGUACUGAGAAACUGGGGAGGUAUAUUCCUGAAACUACAGAAUCGAGAAUAAUUCAUGGUUUUAAGAUCCAAGAACAAGAAUAAGAGUAAGUUUUAGGUCUAAAUGUGUAGAUGAGAGCAUAAUUUUCAAUAAGUACUUAAAUUGUAAAUAUUCUGUGAAUGCAACUCUAGAACAACAAUUAGAUUGAAAUAUUAUCAUGCAUGACAUGAAUUAGAUUGAGUGGAUGAAUAACAAGUGAGUGAAACUUUUGGACAUAUGUGAAAAAAUUAUCAAGUAGUAGUACUGAAGGACAUAAUAAUUUUCAAAAAACCUUCAAUUUUGUAAGUUUUCAAACUUACUAUAAUUUAUUGUAAAUUUGUAUUUUCAUUUAAAUCAUUGUAAUAAAAUAUUAGUCUGUCUCAUUAUUUCCAACUGAUUGACAUAUGCCCUCUAAGCUGUAAUACUUCUAUGUUUACUAGGUUACAAUCUAAGUAACAUAACAGUCCUUGUAGGGGCCUUUAAAAAAUAGUUUAAAAGGGCUGUGAGCGAUUUUCUCUCUGAUAGUUACAUAGUAACUAAGUUUUUAGUCAAGAGUCAUAAAUUGAACAAAACUGUCAACUUUCCUUAUCAUGUAAUACAUAUAAGAAAUCACAUUUAUUACUAAUUCUAAAAUUAAGUUUGAGAACUUGGUGGCAGAAUACACUAACAACUUUACAAAAUUUACAAACUUUACAAAUUAAUGUGCAAUCUUUCACACCACUCCACCUCACCUGUAAUAUAAUAGAAAUGCUGUAAUAUAAAAUUUACUGCACCACAGAUCACUGAGCUGUAAUGUCUUUCUUAUAUACUCGUUUCCCUCAAUAUCACAAUACCACUGCAUUGCACAUAGUGAUGAUAAUUGUAAUACUAGUAUAAUUAAUAUAUUAUAACUAUAAUAAUAAUAAUAACUAUAAUAACUAUAAUAAUAAUAAUAAUAA